CGUCAGCAGAAUCUGGCCAACGGAAUCUAUGGUUACAGUGAAAAAAUACGAAGAAAUUUGAUUCUCUCACACAACUAGUAAUACUUGUGCCUUAAGCACAAUGUAAGUGAUUCUUCUCUUUCUUCAAUUUUAAUUCAUCUACUAUAGCGUUUCUUCUGUGCAGAAAGCAAAAAGUUAUCCAUGCAAAAGAAUGAUGAAUAUAACGUAUAGAAAUUUAGUGAACUUGAACGCUAAAAGGCUUACAGAAGCUUUAAUACUUGAUUUUAACAACCCCAACAAAGCAGAUUAUACUAUUUACUCAAAUAUAAUUCAGCUUUGUAUUGAUCUAAAGGCUCAUAAACAAGGUCGUUUGGUUCAUUCCCAUAUUAUAACUAGUGGGUUUCCUUCAAAUGUUCAUUUGGGAACCAAAUUGAUCAUUUUCUAUACAAUGUUUGAUGACAUGGUGUCUGCACGCAAAGUGUUUGAUAAAAUGCCUGAAAGGAAUGUGGUUUCAUGGACUUCACUUUUAUCGGGCUAUUCUCGAAAUGGGUAUUCACAAGAAGCGAUUAAUGUGUUUGUUGAUAUGCGUAGGGAAGGUAUGAGGGCGAAUCAGUUUACUUAUGGAAGUGUCUUGAGGGCGUGUACUAGUGUGACGUGUAUGAAUUUAGGAAAACAAAUACAAGGGUGUGUUCAGAAGAGUAGGUUUGUGGAUAAUUUGUAUGUUCAGAGCGCGUUGGUUGAUUUUAAUGCCAAAUGUGGAGAGAUGGAGGAUGCUUUUCGUGUUUUUGAGUCGAUGUCGGAGAGAGAUUUGGUUUCUUGGAAUGUCAUGAUUUCUGGAUAUGCUUUUCGAGGUUAUGAUAUUGAUGCGGUUUUAUUGUUUCGUUGGAUGUUCAGACAAGGUAUACUACCCGAUUGCUUCACAUUGGGAAGUGUUCUCAAAGCGUCUGUAGGAGAUGGCAAGUGUGGUGGACUAGCGAAAGUAAGUAUGAUACAUGGAUGUAUUAUUCGACUUGGUUAUGAGUCGUAUAGUAUUAUUAGUGGAUCAUUAGUUGAUGCCUAUGUGAAAUGUGGAAACUUGGCCAAUGCAAAUUAUGUAUAUAAGAAGAUGCAAAACAAAGACAGGAUUUCAUGCACUGCGCUAAUUACUGGAUAUGCACGUGAAGGUAAAAAUAGCAGUGAGUGUCUGCAACUCUUUUGUCAAUUACAUCGGGAUCAUAGGGAAAUCGAUAGCAUUAUUUUAUGCUCUAUGAUCAACAUAUGUGCCAAUACAGCUUCACUGUCUUUGGGGAGACAGCUACAUGCUAUUGCCAUAAAAUAUCAGAGCAAUGUUGAUGUGGCUAUGAGUAAUGCUUUGGUUGAUAUGUAUGCAAAAACAGGAGAAAUUGAAGAUGCCAACAUUGUUUUUCAUCACAUGACAGAGAAAAAUGUAAUAUCAUGGACGUCAAUAAUCUCUGCAUAUGGCGCGCAUGGUCGAGGAGUCGAUGCAGUUUCAUAUUUUAAGAAGAUGGAGUGUGAAGGUUUUGAGCCAAAUGAUGUAACAUUCUUGUCUCUCCUGUUUGCUUGUAGCCAUAAUGGGUUGACUGCUGAAGGAUGGGAAUGUUUCACUAUGAUGGUUAGAAAAUAUAAAAUUGUUCCAAGAGAUGAGCAUUACUCUUGCCUUGUGGACCUUUUUGCGCGCAGCGGCUGUUUGGAUGAAUCGCAUGAUUUGAUUUGCAGGAUUAAUAUAAAGCCCAGUGCCUCUCUUUGGGGUUCGGUCCUUGGGGCAUGUAGCAUAUAUGGAAAUAUGCACCUUGGAGAGGUAGCAGCCAAGCAUUUAUGCAAUAUUGAACCUACGAAUGCCGUUAGCUAUGUGGUUCUAGCAAGUAUGUAUUCUGGAGCUGGCUUGUGGGAUAUUGCUUGGAAUGCACGAGAUGUGGUUCAAACUAGAAGGUUACCAAAAGAUCCUGGUUACAGCCUUUUUCAUUCUGGCAAUGAUAUGGUAGCCCUUAUUCCUACUGGCUGAUACGUAAAAUUAAUCCAGAUCUUCCUUGUAAUGUUUCAUACUACCUAGAUUUUUGGGAAGUAUUUUUUGAAUGUGAGUUUUGAUAGUAGUUUCAGCAUGCAGCGAUGAUGCAAUGCAGCUAUGGAUAUUCAUAAGGUGGACCUAUGGGGGCAAUUGAAACUUUGAAAUUUGAAUGCACUGGAAAUGGAUUGAUAGACAGCAACCUGGUGCACGUAUAAGACACUUAUUGGGAGCCAUAUGCUACUAAGUCACUGGAGAGAGCAGCGCUGGAGAUGAUCAAGACUGUGGAGCCUCCUCAAUGCUUCUCAUGGGAGAGUCACCAUGGUGUCCUGAAAAUUCAACGCCAUUAACUAGCAGGAGCAACGCUGUAUUGCGCUACAAGGAAAAGAAGAAGACACAACAGUUAUGUAGACCAUGGUUCAAGAAGAUCUCUUGGUUGUAGGCUUUUUGCUUUUCUCGUUUCUCCUUUUUUGAAACUUUCCUUUUUAUAGAUUCGAGAAGCGAGAGAGAUAUGUUCCUCACAAGGCAAGGACAGACGUGAGAAGGUGUGUGAAGGGACGGUUUGUCAAGGCUGGUGAUGUGAUCCACUGAGCCAGACCAGAAACUAUUGAUCGUAAAACAUUUUCCUGUACAUAUAAGGAGAAAUACAGUCCAUUUAAAUACGGACAAUUGGUUGAGGUUUCAGGCAAAUGGAUGAAAGGAUGCUGUAUUUAUUGUUGCCGUGACACAGAGUAGAUUGUUUCUGAGGGGAUUACAAUGUUUCCAAUCAGGGAAAGCUGGAUCUAGAAAGUAGAUUUCGCUGCUGCUGCUCCCCUUAAGGUCCAACUUCAUCAUCUAAGAAGGGAAAAAGAUGGAUGUGCACUCCUUAUGUCAAUCAAAUUAAGAGUGCUGCAAAGAAAGAGCUUGGUCAUUUGUAGACCACACGAUCAGCUUCUAUAGCUUGCUUCCUCUUACAACUUUAACUAGGUGGAUUUUAAUUUAAGUUCCCUUAAAUUCAGCUGUCCUUUUUGGUCUAAGGACUGAGAUCCCUUGUUUGUGUUGUAAUACUGUCAUGUAUAUUAUAGCCAGUGUUUAGAAGACGAGAUAAAAUGGGCAGCACAUUCUAAGUCCCCACAAAUUCAUCUGUCCCUAGGUUUAAGGACUGAGAUUCCUUGUCUAUUAUGUAAAUUGUAAUACUGUCAAGUAUAAUAUUAUGGCCAGUGUGCAGAAGAAAGAGAUUUCCAACA